GCAUAACAACUGCGCUGGUCCUCGGAACACCCACGACCAGCCACGCCGGGCCAAACAUCUGAACCCUGAAGGGACUUUAUGUUCCGUUGGGAGGAAACCCGCUACCUCAGUGGCCAAGUGUACAAGGCCCUGAGAGUGAAUGCAAAGAAGACCUAAAAACAUGCUCUCUCCAACUCCAUCUUCCAAUACCAGGAACCAAGGGUCUUGUUUACACUGAAGAAGUUAUUGGCAUCCAUGGAAAAGUGAUUGCUCCCCAGCAGGAUGUGCUGUGCAGAAUGUGCAAAGUGCCUGGGAGGCUUGCUCAUCCCUCUGAUGUUGUUUGGUGUCCUGACCAAUAUCCUGCUCUGCUUCCCUUCAAUGACAGUAGUGAGAUUCGAGCACCUUAGCAACGAAGUCACAUCCUUUGGAGGAAUAAUUGGUUGUGGGAUACUAAUGUUCUUUCCUGCUUACUCAUUUCUGCAUUUGCAGAAAGAUUUGACAAGGCAAAUAUGUGGCUGUGAUAUCUGUGGGCCGAGGUGUCGGAUGUUUAACUCUGCAAUAUAUUCUUUACUGGGAAUUGUAGGAUCUUCAUAUGGAAUAGCAUUAGCAUGGAGCGCUAUUAAAAAUGGUCCCAAAUGUGAUAUGGGAGAUGAUCGCUGGGACUAUCCCUUCCAUCAAUGGGACUAUCUGACUGAUAGAUACUCGUGGAAUAAGUGCAAAAGACCUUCUGGCAUUGUGUCCUGGAACUUGACUCUCUUCUCCAUCCAGCUGGGAAUAGGUUCCAUUCAGCUGACAGUCUGUUUGGUUCAACUGCUAAAUGGCCUCCUUGGAACAGUAUGUGGGCAGUGGAAAUGUAUGGAAUAUUGUUAGGGUAAGUAAUCUGCUUAAAGCACUGUGAAGAGCCUUUUUUCACCCUUGGCUACCCUGACAGAAGAGCCAUCAUCUUUGGAAGGUUCCAAAGGAUCCCCUGCCCAUUUCCUGAGAAAGAGUUAGUACAAGGCAACUUUGCUGAUCUCUUAUCCAAGAAAUAGCUCAUGAAAUUCUAUGUUAGAAAAUUUGUUCAAAUAAAUACAAAACCAGGAAAAUCAGUUAAUUCUUGAACAGUGAUCAAAGGACAUGAAUGACUUCCAAAAGAAUUAUGAUCAAAUACCAUAUGAAAAUAUGCUCCAUAUAAUUAAUAAUGAGUUAUGCAAAUUAAAAUAACUUGGUGGUUUC